AUGUAUACCGUCGCAAUCAUCCUAGCGGCUGGCCAUAGCGGCAAGUUCAGCGUCCAGCACAGUUUGGGACAAGGAAAACACACGGUGACUGCAUUGGCGGAGGCUGAAACAAUAAACAAGCUCCCCAGCGAGGUUGCGCCGAAGGAGGUCGACCAUAGCAAGCCUGAAACUAUCAUCGACGCUCUUCCAAGGCAGAGAUUAUUGAUUAAGAUUCUAGGUAUUGCGAAGGACAUGGGGGAAAUAACUAAACAGUGGAUCCAGCUCCGUCAUUAA